AUGGCAAACUUAAAUGGUCACCUUCUAAAAGAAGGUCAGUCCAAUACUAGACCUCCUUGGUUCGAUGGAAUAAAUUAUGGCUAUUGGAAAAAUAGAAUGAUAGAUUUCCUCCAAUCUGUAGACUAUCAAAUCUGGUUAGUUAUUGUUAAUGGACCUUUUGUUCCAAUGAAAGGAUUUGGUGCUGAAAGGGUCCCUAAGACUAAAGCUGAAUGGAACACCGAGGACUAUAAACUUAUCUCCUUGAAUGCCAAGGCCAAAGUCAAUCUAAAUUGUGCUAUAAGUCUUAGUGAAUAUAAUAGAGUCUCUACCUGUACCACAGCUAAAGAAAUCUGGGAUAAACUUCAAGUUACUUAUAAAGGAACCUCACAGGUCAAGGAAUCCAAAAUUGAUAUUCUUAUGCAUCAAUAUGAGUUGUUUCGUAUGAAUGAAAAUAAGUCUAUUAGUGCAAUGUUUGUGAGAUUUACUGAUAUCAUUAAUGGCUUGAAACAUCUUGGCAGAACUAUGACUAACUCUGAUCUUGCAAGGAAAAUUCUAAGAAGCUUACCCGAAAAAUGGGAUGUAAAAGCAACGGAAGAAAUUCAACAAGGGAAGGUUCAACAUGACAUCUCUACCUGUUUUCACUAUAGAAAACCAGGAUACUUUAAAGCUGAUUGUCAUGCCUAUAAAGAGGAAAAGAAAAAGAAAAGAGCAAUGCAAGCCACUUGGGAAGAUGACGACUCAAAUGGAUCCGAAAGCAAUGAGGAAAAGGCUAUCCUUUGUCUCAUGGCUAGUAGGGAUGAGGUAAACUCUAAUUCUAAUUCUUCCUCUGAAUGUGAAAUGUCUUAUGAUGAAUUAGUUGAUACAUAUAAUGGAUUACUUGAUGGUUUUAAAGAAUUGCAUGAUGAACUAGUCUCCACAUCUUCCAAACACAAAUGGUUUCUUGAUAGCGGAUGUUCAAGACAUAUGACGGGUGACCGCGCAAAAUUCUCCUCUCUAGAAGCAUACAACGGAGGAAGCGUAACAUUUGGAGAUAAUUCUAAAGGCAAGGAUAAUCUAGGAAAGUUUGAUGCCAAAUCCGAUGAAGGCAUUUUUCUUGGAUAUUCCUCUAGAAGUAAAGCAUAUAGAGUUUAUAACAAGAGGACCCUAGUUGUGGUUGAAUCCAUACAUGUUGUGUUUGAUGAAUCCUCAACCUCCCCCACAAAAAGUGUGAUGGACAAUGAUGAAGAAGUUGAACUUGAAAAGAGCACCAAUGAACUUGAUACAAUAGGUCCCCUAUAG